UCGGUCAGAGCCAGUGCAAUUCAUUGAUUCCAGAACACGCGCGCACGAGCGGGGCGGGCUUACAGCGAACGAACGCUACGUGUUUGGCGCCGAAGGGAAAUGAUUUGUCCGAUCUAGAUAAUCCAGCGCCAUAGUUUUCAUUUCGAUGACUGCAAGUGGCAUUUUAAAGAUUCAAAAUGAAACUUAGAUCUCAGAAAACGACAACACCUUAUUCUGGGAAGCAAAGGAAAAGUCGUAGACGUUCUACUAGUGGAGAAACGCCGAGUCGAACUACUAGUUCAACUAGUAUUUCUUCGGUUUCCGAAAGUCCCCUUCAGGUCGAGGACAAAGAGACCUCGGAUAACCACUCCGACAAUGAAGUUCCCACAAUGAGGAGGCGCCAGCUGCCCCGCGGCCGUGCGAGAAAGAGGGCAAUUCCUGUUGAUGACAGAGAGUCGGAUUUGGCGUUCAAGACUCCACUGAGACCCAUUCUGCGCCAAGAACACGUUUUGUCAGAGAUGGACGCGUCGUCUUCUCUGAACUCUACAGCCAGAAACAUUUACUCCCCCAUCAUGCGUUUCCUGACACCCAGUAAAGAAAAUUUAAAGUGUCCAGAAAAAGCAAACAGUUUACUGAUGAGCCCAGAACAAGGUGUGUUUGGUUACGGGUCCAUUGACCUCCUGGCAGAGGACGAGGACGAUGUCUUUAAUCCGUUAACCUUCAUCAAGAACAUUCCCUCACAGUCGGAACAUUCCCGUCCUAGUCUCAGAGACAUUCCUCCAAAGACCAGGAGCACUCCAGAGGCCACGCUGGUGGUGGAUCUGGAGGAGACCCUGAUGUUCAGCUCUCUUAAUGUGAUGGAAGAAGCAGAUUAUACCUUCUACACGUCCUUCCAGGAUCAUCAGUACAAGGCGUACAUGAUUUUGCGACCACAUGUCAGAGAGUUUUUGCAGGCUAUGGCCAAAAUUUAUGAGCUGUUUGUAUACACUUGUGCAAAAAAAGAAUAUGCUGAGAAGAUCCUGGAGAUCUUUGAUCCUCAGAAAAAGCUGUUCCGACACCGUCUCUAUCAGGACGAUUGCGCCUGCGUUCUUGGACACUACAUCAAAGAUCUCAGCAUUCUUGGAAGAGACCUUACAAAGACGGUGGUUCUGGACAAUGCUCCCCACACUUAUCCUUACCAUCUUAUGAACACGAUACCCAUAAAGAGCUGGUCUGGAGAGGCUGAGGACAGAGAGCUGCAGAAGCUCAUCCCUUACAUGGAGAAACUGGUUGCAGCUGAUAACUUCCAGGAGGUACUAAAGAAAAGGAAGGAUCACUUCCACAGGCUGCUGUCAGAAGACUGACCGGACUCCAGGCCCUCAGGACGACUCCAUGGGACUUUCUCAGCUCAUGAUUGCUUUGAUUUUGCUGUGACUAAAAAGCCAAAAUAAUUCUGUCUGGAAAGGACCUGGCCUUCUUCUCCUCGCCUAUUGUCGACCGUGCUGCUGAAUGCUCAUCACUUGAACCUGCCUUCCCACCAGGACUCAUUCCACAGGAAGAAAACCUGUAUAUAAAUAUAUAUUUUUUAAAACUUGAAGCUUAUUGGUUAUAGUUAUUUUUUAUUUAUUCAUUAUGUGUCCAAAUGAAUUUUGGUAUGUUUAUUUUCAGACAAUAUUUUUGUGCAAUAAAUAAAAUCUAAUGAGU